AUGGGUUUUGCCGAAGACAAAGUGUACGAAUACAUUUUCAAAAACUUCAACACUUUCAAGAACAUCCGUGUGGCGUCGCUGAUCGAUUCCCUGACCUGCCUGACCGACGCCGACAGAGAUGAACUUCACACCCGGGAGGAAACGCGAGGGACCCAUGCCACCGUCUAUAGGUUUUAUCAGCACCUGAAGUGCCGGCAGGGCUGGGUGACGGAUCUCAUCGACGCGCUGCGCCAGAACAACGCGGGGCACCUGGCCGACGAGCUGCAGCACGUAUACGACUCCUGGCAAGCCCAUCCCCCGGCUCCCGCUGCUGCCUCCUUCCCUCCUGCAGCCAGCGAUGCCCGUCCUGCCGUCUCCUCCAUCGGUGCUCAGACGCUGUCCCCAGGGCCGAAUCCUGCUUCGGGCGCCCCGUUGGCUGAGCAGCCGCAACGAGACCUGCCCGUCGGCGGCCGUCUGCCUCUCCUGCCCAGUGCUGCCACCACCACGAGCACCGACCUGGAUGCCAGGGCCCCAGUGCAGGAAUCGCUCCCCAAAAACCUGGAACAAGAGAGUCCCCGGCCGCCUGCGCCUGGGAGCAUGGUCUGUGAAGGAGUGAGCGAUGGGCAUGGCGGAGAGGGGCAUCUCCUGCGCCCCAUCGAGGCCACGCAGGCGGCAGGGGGGACCCCCGGGGCAGCCAGCGCGGCCGGGCCAGCGCAGGACUGGCUGAGCCGCCAGCAGCGCCCGGUGUGCGUGGACAACGGGUGUUUUGGAAACGCCAACCACCUGCACCGCGGCGCGCCGGGCUUGGGUCUGGGCAGGUCUCUUCCGCCGAGGGAUGCGGGCGCUGCUCGCAGCCCUGAGCAGCCCAGGAACGAGCCCGAAGAGGAUUGCUACGUCUCGAAUGAGUUGUCCUCGAGGCUGGAGGGGACCACUCGCAGCGGGGGGCCGCAGCCCCCAGAGUCCCUGCCAAAAAAACAGGCUAUGCCCAGCUCCGAGUACGGCGAGCCCCCAGCCAGCUUCGUGGAUGUGCGCAGCCCCCUCCUCAUACAGCAGCAGUUCGAUGCGGAGCAGAAGCAGGUCAGGAUGCUGCGAGAGCACGCAGGAGAUGGAGACGCUUGGAUGGAAACAACUACCCCGGACGCUACCCCUGCGCCCAGAGACGCUUCCCCAUCCUGCGACACCUCCGUGAAGCCUCCUGUACAAGAGCAAAAACUGCCCGCGGGGGAGACGGCCAGCAGCACCCUCUCCAUGCCGACGAAGGAGAAAGUGCUCCCGGCCUCGGCAGAGCCUCUCCCGACUGUUGCAGGAAGCUCUGAAGGCGCAUCUGGGAGGCGGGCCUCCCAGCUGAGCUCUGGCACAAGCAUCUGGGCAUCUUGCAGCAACAUGGAGAGCAAUGCGGAGCUCAGCAAGGUGGGCAUCCUCCUCUCCGUGGCUGGGGAGAGCCCAGAGGCGGCCGGCAGAUGCCCAAGCUCUCAGGGGCCCAGCGGCCCCUGUUCUGGGCCGUCCGAUAGCCUCACCUUCAGGAGUGACCCAAUGUUGGUGAGCACGGAUAGCUCGAGCUCAGGAGAAGCGCUCUCCAGAGUCUCCUUGGGAUGCCCAGCUCCAGCAGCUCGUGAAGACCCCAGGGGAGAGGAGACAGCUGGAGCAAGCAGAGACUCCUGUCCGCCUCUGAGCUGGGACAGCACCUCCUUGGGCACCCAUGAGGUCUGCGUGGAGCAUUACCCCAGCGCCCAGCUCGGGGCAGGCAGCGACCUCCGAGAUGGAGACGAUCGCCUUGGAACCUCUCCAGUUUUUGAUUCUAGCAGGGGCCGCGGCACUGCGACCAGCUCGUCUCAGGCCAAAGUCCCCCCAGGGGACAGCAAUGGACCGUCCCUGCCGUACAUCGUUCCAGCUGUGGGCAUCGCUCUGAUUUCAGCUGCGGCGUUUCUGGUGUACGCUCGAUUGCAGAAAUAG